GACUCGCCCCGCCCCGCCAAAGAGCUUCGACUCCACCACAUUGCGGAGUUGCGCAACAAGUGUCCUGGGGGCGCUUCGGGGGCUGUGGAGAGAGAGAGAGACAGACAGACAGAGAGACAGACAGAGAGAGACAGACAGAGACUGAUAAGAGACUGAUAGAGAGACAGAGAGAAAGAGACCACUGAUCCUAAAGAGAGAGACAGAGAGCGAGACGGAGAGGCAAAGACUGAGUGAGACUGCGGGAGAGAGGAAGCAGCGCUUUGGAGAAUUCUCAACGGAACUCGCUGGGAGCCGAGUCCUGAGUCAAGACGGAUCAAGUCUUGAGUCGGAUCGAGUCUUGAGUCGGAUCGAGUCUUGAGUCGGAUCGAGUCUUGAGUGGAAUCGAGUCUUGAGUGGAAUCGAGUCUUGAGUCGGAUCGAGUCUUGAGUCGGAUCGAGUCUUGAGUCGGAUCGAGUCUUGAGUCGGACCGCGUCGGAUCAAGUCUUGAGUCGGAUCGCGUCGGAUCAAGUCUUGAGUCGGAUCGAGUCUUGAGUCGGACCGCGUCGGAUCGAGUCGGGAGUCGGAUCGAGUCGGGAUCGGGCCACUGUAGUAUCGGUCCGCUCUGGGCUCGGCCAUGCUGUUCUCGGGCUCGCAGGGCCCCCUACGGCGCGCCCUGCAGGUGGCCCAGGCCGUGGCGGGCCUCGUGGGCAGCUUCUGCGCCCUGGUGGCCGCCUCCUCGCGCCGCUGGGACGGGCAGGGAGGCCUCUGGGACGACCCCCAGCCUCGGCUCGCCAGAGCCGGGUUCAGGGAUGACACAGCCGUGCAGGCGGAGCGGGUGUACGCGGGCACCGCGUGCGUGCUGGCGUGCGCCGCCGCCUCCGUGUGUCUCCACAUGCUGGUCUUCUGGGACCAGCGGCGGCACGGGACGCCUGCCCUGCACCGUGAGCGCACGCUGCAGCCCAGCUCCCUGCUCCUCGCCGUGCUCAUGCCCACCGGCGUGCUGACGCUCAUCCCGUGGGCAUCGUUCACGGCCCGCAGCGGCUACGAGGGUGGUCCCGGCCUGCUGCGUUUCGGCUACUCCUACGGCCUGGCGCUCAUCGGCUGGCUGCUGCUGCUCGUCGUGGCGCCGGUGAUCGCCGCGCUGGAGCAGUGCCUGGAGAUCGGUGGCGGCGGAGGCGGCGGAGGCGGUGGAGGCGGCGCCACGCAGGCGACGGUGGAAGCCGCCGUGGGCGCGGCGGCGGCGGCGGCCGACGUUCGGGCGGUCGGCGUCGUGGGCCGCGAGGCCGGGCCGGAGCGGGAGCGGCUGCUCCGGAAGAGGCCACGGGGAGAGGAGGGGGUCGCCCUGGAGAUGAGCGGGCGGGCGCGGCCGGCGAGCGCUCCCCGGAUGGAGUGGGUGGAGCGGGUGGAGCGGAUGGAUUGGCUGGAGCGGGUGGAGCGGCUGGAGCAGGUGGAGUGGGUGGAGCGGGUGGAGCGGGUGGAGUGGGUGGAGCGGCUGGAGCGGGUGGAGUGGGUGGAGUGGUCGCCACGCUACUGCCGGAGACUUUUCCCCGGCUUCACGUCCCACACGUGCACCGCGCGGCGGACGCGGCGGUCGAAGCGUUGCCGCCGAGCGGACGACGCCGGAACGCCCCAGCGUUCCGGCGUCGUCCCACGUCGCCAGCAAAAAAAAAACUUCGCCUCUCGCUCUGCGGUGGCGAAGAAAAAAUAA